AUGGCCGACGCUGCUUUCCAGAACGGAGGAGCCACUGUCAAUGGAGAUGUCUUUCAGGAGUCCAACGGUCCCACGGAUGCUUACGCAGCCAUAGCCAAGGCUGACCGGCUGACCCAGGAGCCGGAGAGCAUCCGCAAGUGGAGGGAGGAACAGAAGAAGCGGCUGGAGGAGCUGGAUGCGGCAUCGAAGGUGACUGAACAGGAAUGGCGCGAGAAGGCCAAGAAGGACCUGGAGGAGUGGAACCUGCGUCAGAACGAGCAGAUGGAGAAGAACCGUGCGAACAACAGGAUCGCUGACAAAGCCUUUUACCAGCAGCCGGACGCCGAUGUGAUUGGUUAUGUGGCCUCGGAGGAAGCAUUCCUGAAGGAGUCCAAGGAGGAAGCCCCGGGCUCUGAGUGGGAGAAAGUGGCCCAGCUCUGUGAUUUCAACCCCAAGAGCAGCAAGCAAAGCAAGGAUGUCUCGCGGAUGCGCUCAGUGCUCAUCUCCCUCAAACAGACGCCCCUGUCCCGCUAGCUGCCACCUGGCACAGCCAAGAGCAUGGCCAGGCUUGCCGGGACCGGUGGCUUCACGGGGCCAGCCCGUGAAGGGGUCCUUGCCCUGCCCGCCCCUCUGGUGUGCACCUCGGCUGUGCUCGAGGCUCUGGUUGUAACUCUCCCCAUGGUUUUCCUUUGCUUAAAAGGUGCAUUGGUCUCUUUUUACACUUA